AUGACAUCAAGUCACGCCUACCAGGUCCGUCAAGUGGCCCCUUUCAACAUUGCACGCAAGAACAUCGCAGCCCUCUUCGCCGUGCCGUUGUCCUGCGACGGCUGUGUCAAGGCAGUUUCAGAUCAGCUCUACAAACUGGGUGGCAUCACCAAGGUGGAGGGCAACCUCGAAGACCAGCUGAUAUCGGUUGAAGGCUCGGCCGCCCCGUCGGCCAUGGUCGAGGCCAUCCAAGCAACAGGAAGAGACGCAAUCCUCCGCGGAUCUGGGUCAUCAAACAGUGCCGCCGUCAGCAUUCUUGAAACCUUUGCAGACAGGACAGAGAGUCACCACGAGAACCGGGAUCGUGCCGUCAGGGGGCUGGCUCGUAUGGUCCAGGUCAACUCGGAAAGAACACUGGUCGACUUGACAGUUCGAGGACUGGCACCCGGAAAAUACCGAGCCAGUAUCCGUGAAUAUGGGGAUCUCAAGGACGGGGUCACCUCCAGCGGUCCUGUGUGGCGCGGGGGCCAGGAGGAGGGAGAAAGAGGACUCUUGGGAGUGAUGGAAGUGGGCGAGGAUGGCCGGGGGACAGUGUUCGUCGACCAUCGCUUCCAGAUCUGGGAGGUCAUCGGCCAUGCCAUGGUUCUUACAAGGCAAGACGAACGCACCCAGCCGCUGGAGAAUGACGAAAACACGGUGGUGGGGGUCGUCGCGAGGAGUGCCGGGGUCUGGGACAACGACAAAACUGUCUGCUCGUGUACGGGAAAGACGCUCUGGGACGAGAGGAAGGAUGAGGUCAAGAGGGGGAUGCUAUGA